UGGGAUUUGUCGUGGUCAACUGGACUGAACACUCUAUGGAUUUAAACUGGUCAUUGUAUCGUUGUUCACAAAUCAAGCACGCAUUUCACUCAAAUGACGCUAUAAGUAUUAAUGUAAAAGACGAUCGCGACUAAUACUAAUACGGUUGUUUCAUCAUUAUGAGAAAGUAUUAACGACAAAUUCCUCUUGACAUUGGCAAUAUGAUAACGACUGUCUGAGGGUGGUUGGUCGGAGGACUGACCAGUAAAUAAUAACAUAAACAACCAAAACGGUCAGUAACCAGGCUCGGGAAACACAAAUAAUUGGAGUGACACAUAUAUUGUCGGAUUUAAAUAAGGGAACAUGAUGUCACCAGGAAGGACUAUGGCGGGUUUCGGAGCGGGUUUCGGAGCGCCAAUUAUGUUAUUGUUAAUGAUUAUCACUCAAGUAUUUGGUGUGUGCGACAUAGCGAACCGACGAGUAGAGACAGAGUUAAUGGCCACACAAGAUGUCGAGUACCUCUACUCCCCGGGAUGGAGGAUAUCCUACUACUCAAAUACGGAUUGCAAAUGGUUGAUAAAUGGUUCCGACACUGACUCAGCCUUCCGCGUCCUCGUUGACGUAACCUACCUCAGUAUUGAGAACAGUCCCGGGUGUUCGUACGAUGGGUUGUCUAUCUACGAUGGAUCGUCGACCAGCGCCACCCUUCUAGGCCGGAUAUGUAACCGUUUGCCUACAGGACGGAUGUACCUGAUGACUGGUCAGUUCGCCUACCUCAGGCUUAAAUCUGAUUCCAGUGUACAGGCCACAGGUUUCUCCCUCCGAUACCUCAAAUACAAACCCACCACCCCGUCUACAGCGUGUACAAGCACCGUGUCACUGACGGCCAGCACCACGCUGCAAUAUCUGACGUCACCAGACUUUCCUAGCCAGCAGAACGCAUUUGACACCUGUACCUGGCUGAUAAGCGCGAGUAGUGGCUCCAGUACUCUGACCGUCAAUGUUGUGUUCCUGGACAUCGAUGGAGAGGAGAUGCUUUCUAUAUACGAUGGUUCGGACAAUACUGCGACCCAGCUGGUCAGCCUCAGCAAUGAUAGGACAACCUUCACGGACGGGUCAACAGUGACCACCACUGGUGACAAGGCCUACAUACAGUUUAGCACCGCUGUCAUGGAUUCCGUCCGGUUAGGGUUCAUCGUGUCUUACAACGAGUCGAGCUCCACUGCGACGACAACGGCGUCCGCGCUGACAACAGUUGCCACCACGUCUGCCGCUCCAGUCGUAGCCACUACAACCUACACGGCCCCUUCAGCGUGUGACUCCGGAACCAUCACCAUCACCGCAACGUCCGGGUCAUCAGGAUACAUCACCACACCCGACUACCCGGAGUUCUACGGACAUAACCUGGCCUGUAGCUGGGUGGUACAGGCGUCUGCAGGAGAACAAAUAUCACUGACUGCAGUCGACUCGUCGCUGGAGGACAGUGACGGCUGUAGUGGCGACGUGGUCUCCAUCUACGACGGCUCCACUACAAGUUAUCCUCUCCUGGCUAGUUUCUGCGGAACUACAUACCAGAGCGUUAACGGAACCGGAACUAGUAUUCUCGUAGUCUUCACGUCUGACGGAUCUUCAUCAGAUAGAGGCUUCAAGUUCCAGUACACAGUCACUGCUCAAGAAACCCCGACAUGCGUAGACAGCGGAAGAAAUAUUACCAACCUGAACGCCACAACCACUGUUCAAUACUUCACCUCCGAUAACUACCCGAAUGACUACACAAGCAAUGAAGACUCUCACUGGCUGAUCUACAACCCUUCUGGUGUUGGUGUGAUCAAGGUAGCGGUGGAGGACUCCCGAAUAGAGGCCAGUUAUCCAUGUUCUUACGACAAAGUCACCCUGUACAAAGGUCCCUGUGAGUCUUACCCUGUCCUAGGGACAUUCUGUGGAGAAGAAAAGCCGGUGUACUACCAAGACACCGGAAGUUACGUAUACGCGAGGUUUGUUUCGGACACCGACUCCAACUACAAAGGGUUCCGAGUCUCCUACGUUCUCGUCGAUGAGGUACCAUCUUCAACCAGCACUUACCUGAUAAUUGGCGCCAUUGUAGGUGGCGUGUUGGGGGCGAUAAUUUUAGUCGCUAUUGGAUUUGCCGUUUACAAAGGAAUUAAGAAGUACAAGGCUGGAAAGACGUACAGAACCGCUUCCAAAGUGUCUGUCGAUAGUGAUGACGAGGAGAACCACACCCCCGCUCGCAAACCAACCAAGGGAGGGGUGAAGUUGGACAGCCUCCUCGUACAGAAAAAGUCCUGAUGACCGCCUGAUUGUGAAAUAUUUUAGUGGAAUAGUCAUAUAACAGAGGACAGUCUGAGUGCAAAUUUGUCCUAAACAACAAUAAUUUACAUAUAUUUUUAAUGAUUUAGUGUCGAUGUAUGCUGGACAUCCAGUAUUUAUACAUAUUUCCUAGUUCGAUUAGUGUAACUUUGAACUGAAAAUUAGCUUUUUAUACUAGAUCAGUGUAAAUAAUCGUUCAACAGUAUGUGUAAUAAAAUGAGAUGAAGAGUUGUGACGAAUUCAGAAGGUACUGGUACCAUGUUACAUACGUUACUGGUAUGUACAAUAAAAGUCUCUAGUUGAUACAGAAAUAGUUUGGAAGAGUUGUCUCCCUUAUUGUGGUUGUUUAAUUUACAAGAAAUAGGACUUAUGACUUUGUUUUGUUAAAUAUCUCUUUGAUGUUCGUAUUUUAGAUAGUAGAAAUGUAUAAUAUUGUGUAAAUACAUUGUAUCAACAUUCCAAAUACAUUUACAUAUUGUACUAACCAUUAUUUCAAUGUUAACUGAAGGCGUUAUCACUUUUUGUUCUAUGUUAUCUGCAAAAUGUGGUCGCAUAAAUUCUGUGAGAUUACUAAAGCAUUAAUAAACGUUUAAUUGUACUUUAAUUGUUGCAAAUGUACAGAA